CACAGUACAGCCAGAGGAAAGGGACAGAAAAUGUAAAUAACGUUGAAUAUAUACCGUGUGGUUUUUCUACCAACAUCCUCACCCAGCAGAGUAUACUCUUCUACAAGAAAAAAAAAACAAAGAGCAGCAUCUAGCACACAGAGCGAAUAGAGAAAACCACAGGCUUUUAAAUAGAUGACUGAAAAAGAGAAGUGUGAAGUGGACAGAGAUUACAGAGAGAGAGAGAGAGAGAGACAGAGGGAGAAAGAGCGAGAGCAGAAGUUAACAUCAGUCUCUAAGAAAAGCGGAGUGGCAACCAGUGCCACCGUGGGACUCCAGAUAUCGCUCAGAGCCGGGCUAACCUGGGAUUUACUCGCAGCAACGAUUUCACAAAGCAGAGAGGACGAGGGCAGAAGGAGGAAGAGGAACGGGGAUAAAGGAAGAGGCAAAGCGCUCAUAGGAACCGAGGUGAGGAUUGAUGCAUCAGCUCCCAGUGUGUGAGCAAGCUGGAUGCCUUUUUUUUCCCCACAUCUUCUGCUGAGACGAGCAGACGAUAUUGCCAGGCCAACAGUAUCCUGGCAACCAUCAGCCGAGCUCUGCUCUCUGGAUGGACCACAUGCUGCUCCAGACUCGAUGGGGCUCAUGGGAAACCUCCUGAAAGUGCUGGCUUGCGCCGAACUUGAGCAUGGCCCAAUAGUUUUCCUUGACUUUGAACAUGCCCAGCCCACGGAGGCAGAGACAGCCGUGUGGAACCAGGUCAGCGCUGUGCUGGAGGAGGCUCAUGGGAUCCUAGCCGAGCUGCAGUCCUAUAAUGGCGCGGGCCAGGAGAUACGAGAAGCCAUCCAGAACCCAGGUGACCUCGCUCUUCAGGAGAAGGCCUGGAACGCAGUCUGCCCCCUGGUGGCCAAGCUGAAGAGGUUCUAUGAGUUCUCCCUCCGACUGGAGAAUGCCCUGCGCAGCCUGCUGGAGGCGCUGACGAGCCCGCCGUACGCUCCCAUGCAGCAUCUGGAGAGGGAGCAGGCUCUGGCCAAACAGUUCGCUGAGAUCCUUCAUUUUACGCUCAGCUUUGAUGAACUAAAGAUGACAAACCCAGCCAUUCAGAAUGACUUCAGCUACUACAGGAGGACUAUAAGCAGGAACAGGCUGAACAACCAGCAGCUGGAAGCGGAGAACGAGGUUAACAACGAGAUGGCCAAUCGGAUGUCCCUGUUCUACGCCGAGGCAACACCGAUGCUGAAGACUCUGAGCAACGCCACCACCAAGUUUGUUUCAGAGAAUAAGACUUUGCCCAUAGAGGACACCACAGACUGUCUGAGCACCAUGGCCUGUGUGUGUCGUGUCAUGCUGGAGACUCCGGAGUACCGCUGUCGGUUCACCAACACAGACACCAUGCUGUUCUGUAUGAGGGUGAUGGUGGGCGUCAUUAUUCUCUAUGAUCAUGUUCACCCCGUCGGAGCUUUUGCCAAGACCUCCAAAAUUGAUAUGAAGGGCUGCAUCAAGGUGCUGAAAGAGCAACCGUCCAACAGUGUGGAGGGACUUCUGAACGCACUGAGGUAUACAACACGACAUCUAAAUGAUGACAGCACCUCCAAACAAAUCAGGGCCCUCCUGCAAUGAAAUAAAAAUGAGAAGAGCCGUGGAGAGAAGGAGGAAAGGAGUGCACUUGAAGGAGGAGGAAAAAGAAGAAGAGGAGGAAACAAACGCCAGUGGCUGAUAAACCUGUUUGUUUACAAUGAACAAAGAAAAUCAUCUCCAGGUUAAGAGCAACCUGAUGAUAAUAAGAAGAGGAAAAUAAUUAUAUAUAUUGUCAGCUGUCCAUCAUUCUGUCUCUCAUUUUGUAAAGUAAGAAAAGAGAAAAAAGCCAGAAAAGAAAAUAUAGAUAUAUAUUAAAACAAGUGAAACACAAGCAGCAGAUGAAAAGUAGGUAGGAUUAAAGAGGAAGCUAUAUUGGAAAUUUUAAGGUCAGAACUGAAGCAAAGUGAAAAUGUACAAAAAAAAAAAAAAAAAAAAA